AUGUUUGAGACACCUACAGACUGCAAGAGGCUGAAAUGCCUAUUCUCUAUCCCCACACGUGGCAGCUUUCCACAGCUCUCGAUUUUGCGCAUAUCAGAUGCCCCAGUGCUAGAGCAAGUAUUUGGAGGGAAGCAGGGCGCAACACGAGAGUUGCACAUCAAGGUUGUGUUCCCAGAGCUAUUUGUGAUAUACCUUGGAGAUGUACCAAAACUUCAUACCAUCUGCCCUGCAAUUGAUUUCCAGACCGUGAUAUGCCGUCUAGUCGAGGGUUGUCCCAAGCUCUCUUUAACUUCAACUGAUAAUGUUGACUUCAUUAAUAGUUAUACGAAUUGGUUCCAAGAAUCUGAGAGUAAGAAGGGCAACAUGGAUGAGGAUGAUCUUUUUGAACAACUUAUUAAUAGGGUAAGAGAAGUAGUAGAGAAGGUUACAAAGAGAGAUCGACCAGCAGCACAACAAACCAAUGGUUCAUCAAAUAUUAAGGAAAUAACAAAGGCAAGUGUUGAAGACGGUCCAAAAGCAGAGGAGGCUGCAGAAGCUGAUGAAGGGAAGGAUUCAGAACAAACUAGCAACAACCCUGCUCCUUCACAAAGGUUAAAAGAAGUAGCAGAGAAGCUUAUAAAGAGAGACCAACCAGUAGCAGAACAAAACAAUGGUUCAUCGAAUAUUAAGGAAAUGACAGGGGCAAGUGUUGAGGACAGUCUAAAACCAGAGGAGGCUGCACCGUUUGCUGCCCCUUCACAAAUUGAAUCUCCACGAGAAACAUUGAAGUCAACCUCUCAAGAAGGUUCUAAAUCAGAUGAAGUUGUCAGAGCAUAUCAAAUCAUGAGUCCAGAAUCAAGCAAGCCAUCCCCAAAGGCAUUUGUUGUUCCUUUAGAAAAAGAGCAUCCACAUAUUAAGGAAACAGCAGAGGUAAGUGAUGAAGACACUCCACAACCAGAGGAGGCUACAGAAAGUGGCUCAGAACAAACCAACAAACCUGCACCAUUUGCUGCUCCUUCACAAAUUGAAUCUCCACAAAGUGAAAGAGGACUACAUUCGCAUUCUAAAGAUCCCCAAUCAGAACCAUCUGAACUUUCCUCCAAUAUAGCAUCUUCUGAAGACAAUAUGGAUCGCAUUGAGGAUGAGGGCAAGAAAAUCACACUUGAUCAACAAGCACUACCAAAAACAGACCCCGAUAUGCAUCUUGAUGAUUCACAAAAGAAACUGAUGUCAUUCGAUGCCACGCAGAAUGCUAAAGCAAAUGUUGAAGAAACAUCAGAUAAAGUUGCAAUGUCAAUUCCAUCAACUACUGCAACUGAAACAAGCUCUCCAUUGAUCCCUUCAAUCUCUACUCCCAUGAAGCCUCAAAUAGCAACUUCAAGUACUGAAACAAAAGCAGAGAGCUCACAAUCAGACCAUUUAGAUAUUUCCAUUACUGAAUCUGCACAAGAUGAAAAUAAGGUCACUCAAGCAGGGACUUGCAUGCCUCAUGUAUCUAAACAGCUUGAAAAUGAUGAUCUAAUGAUAUUAUUCCAAAUAAUGGAGGAAGUUGCUGACAUCGAAGUUCACAUGCCCUAUGCAUCCCAAGUUAUUGCUUAUGAAGAUGAUAGUGAGGUAGCUAAGGCUCUUGGUGACUUGGAAGCCUCAAUGAAGAUGGGUUUGGAGGAAAUUGCUAGCUCUGAAGAAAGCAAGCUUUGCCUUGAGAAUGCUCUUAACACCUUGUCGUCUCAUUGUUCUGAUGAUGGCCUUAAAGCUAUAAUACACUCUUUGCAACAAGAAAUCCAAAAUGUUCUAUCUUCCUUCAAGCUUCAACAAAAACAGAAGCUAAUGACUGAGCAAUGUUUGCAACGAAAAGGAGCAGCCAUGAGUCUUUUAUCUGAAAUUCAAAAGACUCAGAAUUCUAUGGUUGAGGCUCAAAAAAAGGCAGCAGAGUUGAAGGAGCAAAUCUUUAAGUUGCAGACUGAACUAGAUAGCAAAGAAAAUGAAAUCAAAGAGUGUGACAACAAAUUGUUGUCUCUUGAAAAGCAAAAGAAGGAGAGUGUUUCUGACACCAUUGGAUUCAUAAAGGAAUUGGAAGCAGUGAAGAAAAAGAGGUCUCAGCUGGAGAAUAUGGAUUUUAAGUGGUCUUCUUGUUUAGCCAACUUGAAGAAAACUUCGUUGCUGUUAGGAGUUCAUCUUAAGCAAAAACUUUGA